UGGGCGAUGGCGCUUUCUUCUUUUGUUCUUCGCGACUAGUGUCUCUUUUAGAUCUUCUUUCUCUCUUUGCCGAUUCAAGCGUUGCUGAUUCGAGCUUGUAGCGCAAUCUUGUGUCGGCAUUGCUCGCUGCGGCGCAGCGCCUUUCGUUCUGCAGCACUGCAGCGGCAUCGACGCGAAGAUUUCGAAUCGAUCGUCGUCUUCUUUUCGCGAAGAAGAGGUUCGAUCUGAUCAGACGCCGCCAUAAUCUUGUUUCUUGCUGCUGCAUUCUCGAUAUUUUGAUCGAUCCAGGCAUUUCCCGAUAGAAAAUCUCCAGAAGAAGGCCAUGGCGAGCUGCAUACUGCCUGCAUUCUCCACGAUAGUGCCGGAGUUUUCCACCGCUCGCUAUGACGCCGACGCGCGGAUCCGAGACUGGGGGAUGUAUCCCGAGCGCUUUGGCGUGGUCGAAUCGCUCUCGGCGGCGCCGCAGCAGCAGCACGACAGCGCCAUAGAGAUGAGCGGCCUCGUCGCAAGAUCCAGCCAUUGCAAAAUUGAGCCGGACUGCCUGAUUCGUGCUCCAUCGGAUUUCUCCCAGUUCCCCAGCAAGGCCGUGGGCGACUCCUCCAGCUUGGACUAUCAUCUCCACAAAGGCGUCAAGCGUCCUCUCGAAGUGGUGGACAUGGCGGCCAGCUCCAAGAACACGGCGAAAGAAAAGAGGCUCGAUAGCGAUUGCGGCAGCCUCCACUCCGUCCAGGACACCACAACCGGUGGCGCCGCCUCGCCGCUGUGCAGCAGCCCUUCCAAGAUGGGCGAGCCCGACCACGAAGUCCACAUCUGGACGGAGCGAGAGAGGCGCAAGAAGAUGAGAAGCAUGUUCGUGACUCUACACUCGAUGCUACCCAAGGUUCCAUCCAAGGCCGACAAAUCCACCAUUGUGGACGAGGCCAUCACCUAUAUCAAGUCGCUGGAGCAGAAGAUGCAAAGACUUCUCAAGAAAAAGUCCGAGAAGGCGAAGAGCGCCUUGCAGCAAUCCGAGGCUAGCGGUGACGGAGACAAGGCGAAGAACAAGAUGGUCUCCGACUCGGAGAUACUCGUCACUCAGAGAGGCAGCAACUCGAGCUUCCGGACCUUGUCAUCUUCCAACGUGGUUUUCAAUCUGUGCGGUGCCGACGCCUUCAUCACAAUCUGCGCGAGCGCGAGGCCGAAUUUGCUGUCGAGGAUAUUCAGCUGCGUGAUCCAGAUGCUCAGAAUGGACGUGAGGAAUGUGCAGAUAACCGAUACGAGUGACAACCGACGAUUGCUCAUCAUACAUGCUUGUGCGACAGAUGUAACUCGUACUUCUGAGGGGGAUCUUAGAAACGUUAUGCAGGAGCUGAUAGGAUGCAUCUUAUAAGUCCCCGGGCCGAGAAGAGUUUUUAUAUCGGUGGGGUCCGAGUUGAGUUUCGAGAGUGCGCCAACACGAACUAGCCUCAUGAGGGAUGGAAUUUUUCGUUGGUAUGUUUUGAUUUUAAACGCCUCGUUACUGAGCUGUUCCGGAAUUUCGUGCUGUGCUGUUGUUGUAGGGAGAGUGGUGGUGGUGUCUUUAAGCUGUAGAGAAAAAAAAACUGUGCUGCAAAGAAGAGAAGAGCUUUCGAAAGUGUUGUUUGUGGGAGGUAUUGGGGAGGCUCCAGAAAGCUCAGUGUAAGUGUCGUCUACAAAUUUACAGCUCUUUGUAUGGCAAAUGGGAAUUGUUGUCGCGUUC